UCACACAGAUUGUCGACGCCUCUGAUUUCGAAGAAUCCUUAAACUGCAAACUCAAUUAAAAAGUACAGGUUGUGAUGAAGACGCACUCUUAAAAAUAAAGCACCAAAACCGCGAUGGAAGGAUCCAGCGGCUCGAGCUUUGGAAUAGACACUAUUUUGUCCAAUAGUUCCGCUAGUCCUGUGCUGAUGAAUGGAGAUUUUCGCCACGGUGACGGCAGGACUUCAGAUUUCCGAAAUCAGGCCACCCCGUCCCCGAGCUCGGAGAUAGACACUGUGGGGACUGCUCCCCUUUCACCCCUCUCUGUGUCCAUGGAGCACCAAGAGCAGCCACAUCUCGCCCAGGACAACCUCCACCAGCAUCAGCAGCAAAGUUUGCAGCCGCCACAGCAACUGGCAGCCGCCAACUCUGCCCCUAGGACUUCCACCUCCUCUUUUUUAAUCAAAGACAUUUUGGGCGAUAGCAAACCGCUGGCAGCCUGUGCACCUUACAGCACCAGCGCCUCCUCACCCCACACCCCAAAACCAGAGGCAGAGUCCUUCAGGCAAAAGACAGAGCCCGAGGAGAGCAAAAACCGAGACAAGCUCGACAAACGAGACGACACUCAAAACGACAGCAUCAAAUGCAAUGGUACAAAAGAAGAAGGCGAUCGUGAGAUAACGAGUAGCCGAGAAAGUCCUCCUGUGCGAGCGAAGAAGCCUCGGAAAGCGAGGACGGCGUUUUCUGACCAUCAGCUCAAUCAACUGGAGCGGAGCUUCGAGCGACAGAAAUACCUCAGCGUCCAGGACCGCAUGGACCUGGCGGCGGCUCUCAACCUGACAGACACCCAGGUCAAAACCUGGUACCAGAACAGGAGGACCAAGUGGAAGAGGCAGACUGCAGUGGGACUGGAGCUGCUGGCAGAGGCCGGGAAUUACUCUGCUUUGCAGAGGAUGUUCCCAUCUCCCUAUUUCUACCACCCGAGCCUGCUCACAAACAUGGACACGACGGCGGCGGCGGCCAUGUACAUGUACCGGACUCCACCGCCUCAUCCCGGACUUCAGCGGCCACUGGUCCCGCGAGUCCUCAUCCACGGUCUGGGCCCCCCAGGACAGCCAGCCCUCAACCCACUGCCCAACCCCAUUACCGGCACACCACAUCCCCGGUGAAAAUCACACAGAGAAACAGAGAGAGAGAGAGAGAGAUAGAGAGAGAG